AAUUUGGAUUCAUACCUCUUGUAUUGGAAUUCCUGUGUACGUAACUUUCUGGGUUGCUGUGUUCUUGCUUCUUAACAGAGACAUCUUUUCAGUGUGUGAGGCUCAGUGGGAGUAAAUGAGAGUAUUAAAAGAGAAUUGCACUCGUAACUGUGCCCCCGGUGCGAGCCCCCUCAAACCGCCCUUGUUGUCAUGCACAGGCGCUCUCUCUUUUGGAACAAAAACUUGGCUGGCAGGACAACAGCCAUGUGUUUUAGGUCCACGCUUUGGAAACUUAUGAAAGGAGCUGCAGACCAAAGCCAGCUAUCAUGUAUUUGGUGAUUUGAUAUUCAGUUUCAAUUUGGUGGGCAACAUUUGGGAUUAUUCGACAGGGCGUACACAGUAGCAGCAGUUGCAGCGAUGCAGCGUGAAGAGGUGUCAGCAAGAGAGGAGUUCACCUACAGCCCCAUGUCCACUCUCGAAAGAGGCACGCUGGGAAGACGAGGCAGUAGAGGAGCGGACAGGGGGGAGCGGGACAGCUACACUGUGGACGUGAGGGCCAGUGACCUGCAGCUGGCCCAGCCGGAGCCUCCAAAGCACCCCUGCUUCAACUACAGGGCCUGGCUCUACAGUGUCCUCAUAGGGGGCAGUCUGCUCAUCACCUCCGGAUUCUCUUUGUACCUCGGAAAUCUCUUUCCUGUUGCCAUGGACUACUUGCGCUGUGCUGCAGGCGCUGGCCUACCAGCAGCGAUUGCUAGCUUUGCUAUUGCCAAGAACAGACAUGUUGCAGUGUCAGAUUUCCAGGUGGUCUACGUGUCAACGUUUGCAGUGACGACCACCUGCCUGGUUUGGUUUGGAUGUAAACUGGUUCUCAACCCUUCAGCUGUUAAUAUCAACUUUAACCUCAUUUUGAUGAUUUUGCUGGAGGUGUUGAUGGCUACUACUGUCAUCUUGUCAGCUCGCUCUGGAGAGGAUUGCUGCUGCCACAGAAGGACUGACACGAGCCAACGACCUUUGGCUACAACUCCUGCAGUGUUCCCCGCUCGUCUCCUCAAAGCUUACUCAGUGAUCGAAGUCAUCGUCGGAAUCUCUGCUGUGUUCGGAGGUAUCAUUGCGCUCAACAUGGAUGCCUUGCUGCCCGGCCCGUACUUGUCUGUCACAUUUUUCUGGAUCCUUGUGGCUUGUUUUCCAAGUGCUAUCGCAAGUCAUGUUGUGUCAGAAUACCCAAACAAAUGCCUGGUGGAGGUGCUGAUCGCCAUUAGCAGUGUGACGUCUCCUCUCCUCUUUUCCGCCUCCGGCUUCCUCUCUUGCAGUGUGAUCAGCUUAAUUGACAUUUUUCUACAUGAUGUACCUCCAGCCAAGCAAUCCUACGACAUCUUGCUGCUGAUUCUGCUGGUGUUACUGCUGGUGCAGGCAGUUUUGAAUUCCGCCACCGUGGUGCACUGCGCCUCCUACAAGAGUCACCUCCGCUUGAGAGCAACACAACAGUGUGACGACAACAUGGCAACCUCCGACCAGCACUGUGGGUCAUCCAAUGGAGUGCUGCAGAACUUCAGCAAAGAAAGAACCCGCAAGGCCAUUAUGGUGCAAAUCACUCAAUGAACACUAUUACCACAAUGCAGAAGAAUACAACUUUGGGGCUAUAAAAGGGGAAAGUCAAUUUUAAAAAAAAAAAGGAAUUUUUCAUGCAAACAGUAUAAUGUUAUACUGUCAGUAGAUUGCUACAGUGAGAACCAUCGAGUGAAUACAGUGCUGCUUCUCAGGUUCUUACAUUUGUGCAUAGUUUCACCACUUCAAUGUUUGAGAUCAUCAAACACAUGUCAAUAUCAGGCAACUAUAACCCAAGUGAACUUAAAAUGUUGUUUCACAUUUGUCGUCGCCAAGACUACAUUGGAUUAGGCCCUUGGUUCUACAGUAUGCCAUCUGUAAUAGAUUUAGAUUUUGGUUUGUUGUCCACUAAGGGACAAAUCAUUUACUGAACCUGCAGCAUAUAUUUCUUGUUGGAACAGCAGGGUUAUGACAGUGAAGGUAUUAUUGUGUAGCAUUUUUGCACUUUUAGGACAUUGUGUAAAAGCACAGUAUCGCUGUAGUUAAUGUACUUUCUUAGUAUUUGAGAUCUUUAAAUAAAACCUGCAGAAAGUGUGUAUUUCUCCACGUUUUCGAAAGCCUACUGCAAAUUGUCUCAUUAUAAUUAUAUAUACACAACAAAUAAAUCAACCAAGAAAUGUC